GAUUGGGGGUUCGGAUCAGGAUUUUGGUUAAAGCAUACGCGGUUCUCGGAAGUGGUUUGUGUGUGUGCAGGAUCGCGGAGUGGGAAUACGUGUGCUGUGUUGAUGGCGAAUUGGUUCACGGAUUUAAGGAUAUCAAUCUCAGAGAGCUUGAGCUGAAGGAUAAGAAUCUGGAGAAACCUUUCCUCGUGGACGAAGUCGGUAUUAUAUCACUUCGAAGUGUCUCGUGGUAAAUUAGUCACUACCUACAGUGCUCCUCAUUCAUUAUUCGUUGGUUGAUUGAUUGCCAGAACAUUCAAAAUGCAUAUUUGGGCUGGAUCGGGUUCGGUCAAUGGGAAAGAGACUGUUAGACGAAGAGAGAGAACACCUAUCAAGACUGGCAAGAUUCUCAAGAAGAGAAAGAGUAGUGCCAAAAUUGGAUUGGGACUGGAUGGUUCAUGUUUCACUGAGAAUAUUGCGAAAUCAAGUCCAGGUCCAGAUCCAAGUCCAAGUCCUAGAAGAGACUCGGGAAUAGACUCUGUCAUGGCAUCGGAAUCUGGCUCUGAUGAGUCGAUCAUUACUGUUAUUAAUAUUCCAACUUAUGAUGUUGAGGAAGAUAUGGUUAAGCCUUUAAAUGUUGGAUCGCUUGAUAGUGACGGAAGUCUCAUUGCGAUUGGGAAGACCGUGAGUUAUUUGGAGAUGUCGCGGGGAGAGGAGAUGAAUAAGAAUCUUCAAGAUGAGUUGGAAUAUUCGCCAACCCUAGGUAAGGGGAAGGGGAAGUACAUUGCUUCGAUGGAUAUGGAUGGUUCGAACGGAGAGGAUGCAGAUGACUUUUCUUCGUCGUUCGGAGGUCUCAGUCGUAUGAUGGCGAGUAAUCAUAGGAUGUUCCGAACAAGUAGCGAGAAGGAAGAUCGAGUGAAAGAUUUAGAUAAUAAUGUAUUUGCUAAGAAGGAAUCGGUGGGUACUAGACAUAGUGUUCCAACGGAUCUACCGUCAUCAACAAUCGACGUUACACCUGCCGAAGAUACACAAAAUGAUUGGCACGAAUCUGCAUCUGUUGGAAAAGAAAACGAGCCAGAUUCUUAUGUUACAUCAACUGCUAGCUGUAUCGAUACCGAUAGCUCUAAGAGUGAACAUAAGCUGGAGAGAAUUUUUAGUGUCGACUCGGUAUAUACUUCGGAACCUAGAAUUCCAGAUGGAUGUCUAUCAUAUGAAAUAUCGACUACUACUAAUAAAUCCGAUUACGAGGACAAAAAUGAAAAUAAAUCGGCAUAUUUAUUUGAUGUAGGUUGCGUUCGAGAUUCAAAAACCAAGAAGGAGGAUAAAUAUCUUGAUAUAAAAUUUACUAGUGAAAUCGAUAUCGAUGUGAAGCCCGAAGAGGAGAAAGAGCCAGAAAAAAAGGCCAAAACACCACAUGUGCAACUCUGGGAUGAGAUAUCGAGAUGUGUCGAUAAAGCUCUCGAUGUAUCGCAGGAGAUUAGGCGCAAAGAGAGUAUUCGAGGAUUUUCUCUCAAAGUACCUCAUUUAGUCCUUGAGGCUAAGCAGGGUCUUUGUCGCUCGCCUUUUCCUAGUCGUUCUUGUAAGAGUAGUGAGAUGGUGGGAGAGAUGGGGUCGCUGAAGGAGAGAGAGUUUUGUGUGAGUGGAUUUGAUGAUUGUGGUAUGGGGGAAGGUGGUCUGAUGACAAGUAUUGAGGGAUUAAGCGAGGAUUGCUGGGCUCAUAUGCAAGGGAGGGAUGAUUGUGUGAUUGUGGGUAUGGAAGGGGUUUCAAGUAAUCUUGGGAGUUCGAAAUCGUUGUCUGUGAUGGGGAGGGGGGAGAGAAAUUGUGCUGAGGUUGGGAGGGAGAAGGGUGAGAGUGUGUCAUGUGUAGGUGUUGGUGUUAGUGUGGAUGAGGAAAACUUCACAUUGUCGGAUUCUCCAUGUCGACAACUAAAAAUAGAUAUUUCUGGGGAUGAGAUUGAUGGGGAUUCUUCAAAUCAUAAGGAAACUCGUCAAGACUCGGUUGAACGUGAGAACGAGCGCGAUAUUGCGAAUUCGGAGCGCUUUUCGCCUGUGCAUCAGAGGGUUAUACAGUUGAUGACACCCAAGCAUGGUCGGUACCACACUAUCAGGGAAAAAGCUGGUAAAGCCCCUGCUAGUUAUCGGAUGUUUGAGUCGCAGAUAAAUGGGAAGACUGUGUCGCGUGAAUUGGGGAGCAUUGCUAUGGAGAGAAAAGCUUCGCAAUAUCCUGCGAAAGACAGAGCAUUUUCUCAACCUUGUUGGCCGAAGGAUUUAAAUUGGUUUCAUCAAUGUUCUUCCGGUUCGUUAAGAGCUGGUAACCUUAAGGAUUCUGAUGGGGAUGGAUCGGAAGAAUGGUUGUUGGGAAACGAAAAAUGUAGUGAAAUUGAAGAGGAAAUGGAAAGAUUCUGGAAAGUCAAUUCUGCGGGACCGAUGGCUCGUUUUGGGAAGAUGAUGAUGAAGAUGGAUAGGGAUACGGAGAUUGAGAUUGAGAUUGAGGGAGAUGAAAGGAACCACCUCCCGGUGAUGAAUCGAAAGGGGAAGAUGAAGAUGGCGGAUGUAGGAUCGUGGGAAUUGAUGACGGAUGAAAAUGGCAGGGUUUCGAUGGGUGGCUCACAGGUUAAGUUUCGUGAAGUUCCUACGAUUAUACGGCGUUCGAUGCCCCAAUUAGAUGGUCCUGUUUCGCCACCAUUACUAGCGGUGGAGGCUCCGGCUGGAAGUACUCACUUGCCAUCUCCUCGUAAGAGACUGCAAAAAGUCAAUCGGUCGAAAUCGCCUAGUUUGUUGAAGUCGUCUAGUUCUUCUCUGGGGAAAGUUUUCCAGAGUUCGAGGGUGGAGGGGAUGGAGGGGGAGAUUAGAGAUUUGAGGAGGGAAGUUGAGGAUUUGAGAAAUAUGGUUGGGAGGUUGGAGAGGGAGUUGAAAGGGGUUGUUGAUUUUGGGGGAGAGGAUGUUGACCAGGCUAGAAGGCGGUUGGGGGAUAGAGUGAAGGAUGUGUGGAGUGUGGUUUAUGGGAAGGAUUGGGAGGGCGAGAAAGUUGGCCAGGGAGGAGAGGAUCGGAAAAGCCCAGAGGAGAUGGAGUGGUUGAGAGAGGUUAGGGAGGUGGGGUUAAUGAAAAUUGUGGAGAGAAUGAAGAGGGAGAGAGAUAUGGAGGAGAUUAUGCAUGCAGUGGAUGAGUUCUUAAAGGAAAACCAAGUUGAAUCACUUGAGAAGAAUCUGAUGGUAUCGAGCUCGACGAAUCCUGAGUUUGGGGAUAGGGAUAUUUCUGCUUCGAAAAUUUCGAUGGAAAAAGAAGCGAGUAGGGAAUCGUUGAUUAGUGGGUGCUUGAAAAUAAAUGAAUCUUGUACUGCAAUACAGGAGCGAGAGAUUGGGGGCUUAUCUGCGGAUGAGAUGGGGUUGAAGCAGGAGAUCACAACGCUGGAUAGGCAAAGAUGCGAUUUGAGAGAUUAUAAGAGUGGGAGACGUGAUGGGGGGAUGAUUGGGAGGGAGUCGAAGUUCAUGGAUUCGGAAGUAAAGGAUUGUGAGUUGAUUUCUGAGGUCCCUUUGCUUGCGGGUUGGAUUGGGGUUCGAGAUGAGGGUCAAUCUGGAGGUGGAGAUGAGUGUUCUUUAGAUGUGCAGAAGUCUUCAGAAUUGACGAGUCUUGAAAAUAGAGAAGAGAUGGAGAGGGAGGAAAUGAAGAAAAUGGGGGAGAGUCUGAGAUUAGACGAGAUGGAUGUGGAGGGCAGGAUUGAUGCUGAAAUUCCAGGGGAGGAGGGUAAAGAAAUGAAGACGAGUGUUUUUGCGAAAUUACGUGGAAUUUUUGAUGUAUCGGUGAAAGAAAAUGGAAAUGGAAAGGGGCUGGUAGUGGAAGGAGAGGUGGAGGCAGAAGGAAAGAGAGUGGAAUAUUUGGUUCAAGAUUUAUUGACGAAACAGGAAGGGGAAAGACGGAAGAGGGAGGAGUUGUGGGAGAGGGAACGGAAGGGGGAUAAGAUGGAGAUUCAGAGGCUUGGGGGUGUGGUGGAGGAAUUGAGGGAGUUGGUUUUGAGAGGGGUUGAGAUGGGUAUGGGGAAGGGGAAGGGAGGGGUCUGUGCUGGUGAGAGAAAGAGAUUGGAACAGGAUGAGGAUGAGCAUGAGCAUGAAAUACACGAUUGUGAUAAACCGGGUUGUUGGUGUCGCCCAAGUGGAAGUGGAAGUGGGACAAAGCUUGGAGGGAGAAAAAUUGGGAAGAAACAUGAAUGUGGUGCGAGUAAUGUGGCGAAUAUGAGGGAGAGGGAUGUUUAUGGUGAUGGGGAUGAGGAAUGGGAUUCUGAAGAAAGGAGAAUUGGAAAUGAGAAUGGGAAAGGCUUUUGGGAUUGGGUUGGGGGAGGGAUUUUGUGGAGACAGGACUGAGGAAUGGAUGGGUGGGGGAGGAUUGCAGAGAGAUGUGAAAAAUUGAGAUGAGUGUGGAUUGGCGAUUACAGGUUUAUUGUUCUUUUGGUGUUUUAUUGGCAUUGGUACGAAUAGCAUGGGAUGGUUUAGUAGAAAUCGCGUUUUGGAGGGAGGGGGGCUAUGUAUCUGUUGGUUUGGUAUUUGAUAUGAUGGUGUAUGAUGAAGACGGAGAGAGAGUGAAUAAAGUGUAGGAUGAGAUGGAUGGUUUUGAAUGGUAUGCGAGAGACUUGGGAAAGAGGCACAGGGGAUCGAUUACUAUUGCUAUUAUUAUGAUGGCUGAUUAGAAGAGAGUUUGGAAGAAAAGAAGAGAAGAGUAGAUAUUAGAGAGGAUUAGAUGGGGUGGAGUAGAGUAGAUUAUGGUAGAAUAGAAUAGAAUUAUAAUUGAUGGAUAAAUGAAUAUACAAUAAAAUUAUAAAUUGAUGUUAUGUGUUUGA